AUGAAGGAGAGGCACAGAGUAUUACUGCUGUCUGGUUUAAUAUUGUUUUCCUUUUACUUUGUAUACGACAUCCCGUCUGCACUUAGCCAUCAUGUAGGCUUCGACACAGAAUCAGGAAUAGAAUAUAAGAUAACCUUGCUCUACUCUGUGUAUUCGCUUCCAAAUAUAAUUGUUCCAGUAUUCUUUGGAUGGAUUACACACAUAAGAAAGUCUACGCUGGCCAAGCUUCUAUGUACUUUUGUCUUCCUCGGACAUCUGAUCUUCACUGCAGGUGUCUGGAGCCGGAACUUCAAGGUUAUGCUUAUUGGGAGAUUUCUAUUUGGAAUUGGAGGCGAAAGCUUUGCUGUUAUUCAGAACAGGUUAAUAUCCUAUGAAUUCAAGGGAAAGGAGCUGGGGUUCGCCAUGGGGAUUUUUUCUUGCAUUGCCAGGCUAGGUACAGUGGCAAACUUCCUCUUCACACCAUUUCUUGCAGAUACGAUCGGUAGAAUGUUUCCAUGUGUAAUUGGGAUAUUUUUGACACUCCUGGGACUCUGGUUAUGUUUCAAGAUAAACAGCUCUGAAAGAUCACAUAAGAUACUGAAGCAAAAGCUCAUUGAACUGCAGAAGGAAGGGUUUGGAGACGAGAUACAAGAUGGGAAAAUGCACCUUGAGGAAGGCUUCCUUAACGAUCCAGGACUGACAGCCUUUUCAGAGACCAUCGAUUCCACAUCCGAAAGCAUGCCCAAUGUCCUAAGUAUUCCAGAAAGUCCGUUCUUCCAUGAUUACAGUGAAUCCAAGCCUAGAGAGCUUCCUCAAGCAGAUCCGAUUCUCUUCGACAACCCCUUUUCCCCCUGGAAAUGCGAUGACAGAGAAGGUAUAACGAUAAAGAGCAGGCUUGAAAAGGCAAAGCCUAAGGUACUCUUUGAAGAAUCGGGAAUGCUAUUUUAUGAGCCGCGACUUGAGGGGAAGAACACUCACCAUUCUGCAUUCUAUAUACUUGUCGGAAUGUCCUUUUUAUUUGCCUUGAUAUGGUCUCCAUUUUAUACAGUAGCCCCAAUACUAUUUCAAAAGAGAUACGGGUUGUCGGCCAUAUCAUCAGGGAAUAUCCUAGCAACUAUUGAGGGCACAUCCCUAGUAUUGAUUACAUUUACAAGUGCAAUUGCCGAUGCAUAUGGAUUCAAGCUGUGGAUGAUCAUGAGCGGGUGUAUUCUCUUUCUUCUGGGCCACUCCGGGAUAUUUUUCAACUUUUUGUCUCCUUAUGCAUCUGCCACUCUUCUAGGAUUCUCGGGCCCACUUAUAGCCUGCUAUUGGCCAUGCAUCCCCUCUUUGGUGUCUGAAGAAUCCUUGGGAACAGGCUUUGCUACUAUAUAUUGCAUCUUGAACUUAGCAUUUACAUUCUCUCCUAUUGUUGUUGCAUUUCUUGCAACUGGGGAUGAUACUUAUGACAAUGUCGAGGCUUACAUACUAGUUAUAGGAAUGCUGGCCCUUAUUCUGGUUGGAUUCCUCUUCUACCUGAACAAAAAACAGUCCUUAGGAUUGAAUAGAAAGACUUUAGUGGAGACAGAUUAG